AUGGGUUCAAACGACAACAACGUUGUUGAAAACAAACCUCUUCACAUUGUCAUGCUUCCAUGGCUAGCUAUGGGACACAUACUCCCUUACUUCGAACUCGCCAAAAUUCUUGCUUCAAACGGUCACACUAUCACCUUCAUCAACUCUCCCAAAAACAUUGAUCUAAUCCCAAAACCUCCCAAAACCAGUCAACCAUUCAUCAACUUAAUCAAACUACCAUUACCAUGCAUACAACACCUCCCACCAGGUGCAGAAAACACCAUGGACAUUCCAUCCAACAUGAGCCGUUACCUUCAACUCGCUUACCAAGGCCUAGAAAACGAUGUCACCGAGGUUCUCAAAACCUCGAAACCCGAUUGGGUUUUCUACGAUUUCUCUUCUUGUUGGUUAGCACCAAUAGCGAAAUCGCUUAACAUUGCUUCUGCUCAUUACAACCUUACACCAGCUUGGAGCAAGUGUUUCUUUGAUCCACCUAAGGAUCAAAUAAGGCCUGACUACAAACUCGUAGAUAUGUGCUGUCCUCCGAAAUGGGUUCCGUUUCAAACAACUAUCCAUCUUAAACGUUAUGAGAUUAUUAGGGCUUACAAAGCUUUAAGAGAUGAAUCGGGUGCAAUGCCUAGUUUUGAUCUUAAGAAAGCUUAUUCGAGUUGCGAUCUUUUUCUUCUUCGAACUUCGAGAGAGCUUGAAGGUGAAUGGUUGGAUUAUAUCUCUGGUCAGUAUAAGGUUCCUGUUGUUCCUGUUGGGUUGCUUCCGCCGUCUAUGCAGAUAAGAGACGCUGAAGAGGAAGAGAGUAAUCCCGAAUGGGUGAAAAUUAAAGAAUGGUUGGAUUCAAGAGAGUUAUCUUCGGUUGUUUAUAUCGGAUUCGGGAGUGAGUUAAAGUUGAGUCAACAGGAUUUAACUGAAUUAGCUCAUGGAAUUGAGCUUUCGGGUUUACCUUUCUUUUGGGCUUUGAAGACUCAGAAAGAAGGUAAUCUUGAGUUACCGGAAGGAUUUGAGGAUCGAACGAAGGAGCGAGGGAUCGUUUGGAAAACAUGGGCGCCUCUGUUAGGGACCAAAUAUCCUCAGGUUAAGAUUUUAGCUCAUGGAGCUAUUGAUGGAUGUAUGAGUCAUUGUGGUUGUAGUUCUGUUAUUGAGAUGAUUCAUUAUGGACAUGUUCUUGUCACACUGCCUUAUUUGCUUGAUCAGUGUUUGUUUUCGAGGGCUUUAGAGGAAAAGGAAGUGGCUAUGGCGGUACCGAGGAGUGAGGAAGAUGGUUCCUUUACUAGGGAAGCUGUGGCUCAUACAUUGAGGUUGGCUAUUGUGGAUGAGGAAGGAAGUGGUUUGAGGAACAAUGCUAAAGAGAUGGGGAAGAUUUUCAGUUCUAAAGAUCUUCAUGAUCAAUAUAUUGAUGAUCUCAUUGCUGCUCUUUAUAAGUAUAGAGUUGCUUCCAAUACCAAAGACUAA